UCGGUCCUUCCAGAUACUUUAACACUUUAAUAUUUAAUUUUAAUCUUCGCCUACCCGGCUCACCGAUCAAUCUAUCAAAAAUGAAGUUCUUCACCGCUGCCUCUUUCUUCGCUCUGGCCACUGCCGUCGCCGCUGCUCCCAGCUAUAACCAGGGCACUCCAUCUGUUACCAAGGAGCAAGCCAUCGCUAAGUGCGGCAACAGCAACAUCUCUUGCUGCAACAAGCAGGUCAACAAGAUCUCCGCCAAGGGCCCUGACACUGAUAUUGGUGUCCUCAACGGUCUCCUCAAGAACGUUAACCUUGAGGACAUCCCCAUCUUCGAUCAAUGCUCUAAGUUGAAUAUUGCCGCUCUUGGUGCUACCGACCUCCUCAACAGACAGUGCCAGCAGACUGCUGCCUGCUGCCAGAACACCGAAUCCAAUGCAAACGGUGUUGUUGCCCUUGCUGUCCCCUGCAUUCCCAUCAACAUUCUCUAGAUGGAUUGCAUCAAGCAUCCCAUCCGUCUUCAAUAUCGCGUUCCACAACACCGCGAUACGGGUCAGAUAAAAGAUUGCAGGAACAGGUGCUAGACGUGCAUUCGCUGCAUUUUGGACAUAGUUUUGAACCGCAAAUUGUGUCUCUCAUUUCUGUUUCUUUUGUCUGAUAUCUUAUCGAAAGCAAAGGCGAAUAGGAAUUAUGUAUUGGUGCGCUAUACCAAUGUAAAGAUUAUUCUUCGAGCAGUGCUGUGCUUUGUCUGUAUUUAUAGUCAAUUUAUUGGUGUUGAACCAAUUUCAUCCAGUUGAUCUUCG